AUGGGCUGUUUUUGUUGUGGCCUUGCCUUCGUGGCCGGUUUUUUGCUGCAUGUUGCUGCCGCUCUAAAUCGCCGUAGACAAAGUCAUCUCGCCUCCACUACUAUUGAACCACCCAUAGCCUCUGCUUCUGUGGACCGGCCCUUGACGAGGUUCGUUGACCCAUUCGACUCACCGCUCGCCCGCGGGCUCCAACCCGCCACCAGUCUCCUAAACCGCCGGGCGGUUUAUCCGGCUUCAGCGUCAAAUCCUCUGCUAACUCACCGGGCUGGUUGCCAUGGAGAUAGCGGUGAAACCAGUGCCUUCGCAGGAGAUAAGGACAUACUGCCGGUAAGCGGGCCCGACUAG